GGCAAUUUCACGAUUUUUAAAAGUUUUUUUAAAAUUAAGUUCUGGUGCGGCCUCCAGCCAAAUUGAAAAAAUUUUGGAAUUUGCUAUGAAUAAUUUAAGCUCUAUUGAUUGUCAUGUUUGCUUGAGUUCCUUGACUGUUAUUGGCAGUCUUUUUUCAAUUCCGGCAAGCACCGUAAACUCUGAGGAUUCUUCUAAGAAUUUGUUAGAAAUCGAUAUACAAAAAGUUCUUUUUGAGUAUACACAGGGAAACGAUCCUCGUGUUCGUUCAGCAGCACUUCGUUGCUUAGUACAACUGAAAGACCGAGGCCUUGUUUAUAAUCCGAUAUACUAUCCUUCUGUGCUUCAUUCCCUUUGCGAUUAUUACGAAUCUGUCCGAAUGGAGUCCAUGCGGCUGCUUCGGCACUAUUCCAUAAUGUAUCCCAAUCACCACGUGUGUCUUAGAGCGGACGGCAGCGUUCAUGGCGUGGAGUGCAUUACUCAAGUUAAUUUUUUAAAGGAAAAAGUUAGUGAAGAGCGUUCUUUUUUGAAAGAUGAUGUUUUUUCCAAGUUAUGCAAUAUGGUGAACGACCCAAACUAUAGAAUACGUACUUUUGCCUUUGAGCUUCUAGCAGACUUUGAGGCUGUCGCUGGCGAGCUUCUUAUACAAACUUUGGAUAAGAAGGUUAUGUCUCACUUAAAAAAAAGAAAGUCGGCACAUGAAGAAAGAAAUGAAAGCAAACUUUCUAUUAACCCUGAAGGAGAUGUAGAGUUCAAUCCCGAUGAACUUAUUUUAAUGAACAGGGACGCAUGUGGAGCUUUUGUGUUGGGUUUGGAAGAUGAGAUUUCAGUGGUUCGCUCUGCGGCCGUGGAAGCUAUUUAUAAGUUGAGCCCAUUAGACAAAGAAUUUGGAAGAAAAGCUGUUGAUUUUUUAGUUGAUAUGUUUAAUGAUGAGAUUGAUGAAGUGCGCUUGAAAGCCAUAGUUUGCUUGAGUAAAAUGACAAACAUUCUCGAAUAUUCCCGCGAGCAACUUAAUAUUAUUCUUGGCGUGCUGGAAGAAGAGCGCCAGUUUAUCCGCCACGCAUGCCACAAGCUGAUUGCUGUUAUGGAACUUGAAAAUUUGGACUGUUUGAAAAUCGUUUUAAAUAGUAUUUUUGUGAAUUUGAAGAAAUUUCCACGGGACUGUCACAGCGUCUGGAAAGCACUCAGUAUUCUUGGUAGAAAACACUCUGCUUUUGUUGAACUCCUUUUUGAAUAUUUAUUAUGCAUAGACCGUCGCUUUGCUUGUACGGAGCCCAACGUUGAUGAUCUUGAUUAUGUUACAAAAAUUAUUAUUAUAUUUAAUGCUGCAAAAGAAAACCCAACCAUCCUGUCGCUGUGCCCGUCGCACACUUUCAAGCACUAUUUAUACCUAAAAGAUCAGCUUCCGCAGUUCUUCUCAACAGACUUGUGCAUAAAAUAUCUCGAAUUUUUUGAACCUAUUUUGGCGCCGGAAUGUGCUAUACAAGUGCCAGUUGUCGGGUUCAGUGAAAAUGAUGAGUCUUUUGAAAGCUAUUUAGGGCGAGUGGACGAAAAAAUUUGCGCUCUUUUUAAUUUUGAAAAACCGCCGAAUUUUGAUAAUCUCCAACGCGUGUUCUUCAUGAUAUUUAUGUAUUUUGUUAUAAUUUUUAUAACAGUUUAUUAUUAA